AUGUCAGACAAGGGUGCCACUCUCGAUAUGUCCUUGUUCUUCGGAACUCCUGAAGAGAAGAGAUACUUUUGCACCGAGCUGCUCCGCCUACUGAGGUUGAGAGGUGGCGUCAAAAUUCAGAACCACAGCAUUCCGGAUGAAGAUAUUCACGAGCUCUUCGACAGGAGCCGCAAAUUCUUUGCUCUGCCUCUCGAGACCAAGAUGGAGGCCAAGCAUCCUCCUCAAGCCAACCCCAACCGUGGCUACAGCUUCAUCGGCCAGGAGAAUGUCGCCAACAUUAGCGGCUAUGAGAAGGGUCUUGGCCCCGGAAAGACUCGCGAUAUCAAGGAAACCCUCGACAUGGGCAGCGCCCAAGAUGACCUCGUCGACAACCUUUGGAUCCCGGAAGAGAGCCUCCCAGGUUUCCGCGGCUUCAUGGAGUCCUUCUACGAGAAGGCCUUCAAGACGGAAAUGCAGCUCCUCUCCGCUCUGGCCAUCGCUCUCGGCGUUUCCGAGGACCACAUGAAGACGCUCCAUAACCGCGCCGAGAAUGAGUUCCGUCUGCUCCACUACCCGGCUAUCCCGGCCACAGAACUUGCGGACGGCACCGCCACCCGCAUCGCCGAGCACACCGACUUCGGCACCAUCACCAUGCUCUUCCAAGACUCUGUAGGCGGUCUUCAAGUCGAGGACCAGACCCAGCCCGGUGUCUUCCGCAGUGUGGAGUCGGAGAAGCCUACCGACAUCAUCCUCAACAUCGGCGACUCGCUUCAGCGACUUACCAACGACACCUUCCGCGCGGCUUGUCACAGAGUCACUUACCCGCCUGCCAUCAAGGCGGGAGACAACGUCCAGAUUCCGGAGCGAUACUCGAUCGCCUACUUCGUCAAGCCUAACCGUCACGCGUCGCUGCUACCGUUGAAGGAGUUCAUAACUGAUGCGACACCUUGUCGAUACGAAGAUGUCACUGCUUGGGAGUGGAACAAUCGCAGAAUCACGAAGCUUUUCGGUUAA